GCAUGUAAGUGUGUUCUGUAAUUCGCAGCAGAUGACCACUUGGGGGGAUGGAGGAUGCAUUCAGAAGGUGAGCGGCACCAGAGAGCUUUAGAUGAAUUGAGCUGCUGUCCUGAUCCAGAUGAAGCAACGCGUCUGAGGUGCUGAUCACUUUUUGGAUCGCGCUGGGAGUUAUGGAGGGGUCGCUCUGCAGCGUGACAGAGAAGAGGGGCGCCUACACCUGAGCAACGAACAUGGAAAAGGGGAGCAGUGGUUCCCUGGUGGUGAUAUGCCUUUUCCUGCUGUCGUUCACUGGCUUUUCAUCUUCCUCUCCGGUGUUGGACUUUUGUCCUGAAGGCUGCGACUGCGCGCAUUCAAGGCACCUUGCGUGCGCGAAUCGCGGCUUACGCACGGUGCCCAAAACAGCCGCGGAACCAUCAGAUGAUGCGCUGAUCUUCAGCCUCGGGGGUAACUUUAUCACCAACAUCUCUGCUUCAGAUUUCUCGCGGUACUCUAGGCUUGUGAGGUUGAAUUUACAGUAUAAUCAAAUAGCAAUCAUUCACCCAAAGGCAUUCGAGAAACUAUCCAGGCUGGAGGAGCUUUACUUGGGACAUAAUCUUUUAACAGCUUUACCUGCUGGAAGCUUACAGCACCUAAAAAAACUAUCCACUUUCUAUGGCAACAACAACCACAUUAAGAAAAUCACCCCAGAUAACUUUCUGAACUUGGAUAAGCUGGUCAAACUGCGCCUGGAUGGUAACUCUUUAGAGGUUUUGCCAGAUUCUGUUUUCAAAGGUUUGACCAGCCUCCAGUAUCUUCACCUGGAACAUAACAAAGUUCAACACAUCCACAGAAACGCUUUCUCCAAACUGACCAACCUGCGCUUUCUAAACCUGGCCCACAACAAGCAGUCAGCCCUAACAAGCGUUCUGACCUUCUCCCCCCUCAGAGCCCUGACCACUCUGCUGCUCUCUGAAAAUGAAAUCCAGCAUGCUGGAAAUCACAUCUUCCAAAACCUGAAAAAGCUGGCCAAGCUUUCCCUCAGCAACAACAGGAUUUCACAUAUGGAUAGAGAUGCUCUGAAAGGGCUGUCAAGCCUCAGGGAGUUUCUGAUUGAUGGCAAUGAGCUGGAGGAAAUCAAUGCUGGAUGGCUUGAUCCUUUGAAGAGGGUGGAAGUCCUGGACUUGAGUCACAACCGGAUUUCCAGCGUGGAUUCUUUGGCCUUUUCGAAAUUAAAAUACUUAAAAGUGCUAAGGUUAAAAAACAACUUUCUCACCAGUCUGUCAGGUGAGAUUUUUGCCUUCAACAAUGUCCUCCAGGACAUCGAUCUCCAUGGCAACAACUGGACCUGCGACUGUCGCCUUGAAGAUUUGAAGAAAUGGAUGACUUCUGCUCAUUCCCAGAGCAGGCUGUUGACUGUAUUUGUGCAAUGCCAUUAUCCUGAAAUCCUGAGGGGGGUAUAUCUGGACUAUGUGAACAGCUCCCAGCUGCAGCCCGGCUGGAACCAUUCCUGCAAGAGUGGAGCUGGGCCUGCAGAGAGUCAGGGAGGAGGCCCACAAAAGAAGUUUGAUAGAAAAGGAGAAAAGUUGGAUGGUGAGAGGAGAGGUAAAGAGGAUCAAAUGGAGCUGGGAGAAAGAAAUAAAACAGAGCUGGAGGAAAGAGAAGUUUCGAGAAAUUUUAAGAGGGGUGGUAUAAUGAUGAGGGAGGAAAGGGAGGGAAAGAAAAAAAGUGGCCAGAAAGAGGCAGAAAUCCAAGGAGACCAAGGGAGCCUGGAGGCAGAAGAACCUUCUAUCCUGAAAGAAAAAAAAACAAAGAAAGAGUCCCGAUCUGCUGCAGAGGCUGGUAAACGUCCCAGAGACAGGCACAGGUCAAAUGUUAUCCCUAGAAUGGAUUCAUUAGUAACCUCCAAACCGAGUCAUCCAGCAAACACCAAUACCAGCUCUGUGGUCCAGUCAGGAGAAAAGUUUGAUCUCCUAAGGUCGGAUUCAGAGCGAGCUCUGCCUGUUAUAUCGGAUCCUUGUUUCUUCAACCGACAUUUCAUCACCAAUGUUUCAGUGGAUCAGGUGACGUCCAGCACUGUUACCGUCUCCUGGAUGAGCAGGAAUCAUCAUCGCUACACACCAGGGCCGAAACCAGGCCUACAUGAAGUACAUUAUCGGAUUCUGUUUGACAGGUUUGGCGUUCCAGAACGUUUCCCUCGCUACGUCUACGCCAAAUCUGAUUCUCGCUCUGUAACUCUGCGGGAACUCACCUCAGGUGUGACCUAUGUGGUCUGCGUGGAAGGAGUGGUCGGUGGGUCAGUGUGCCAGGUGGCACCCCGUGACCACUGUGUAGGGGUGGUCACCCUUCCUGAGGAGAACAGCCAGCAUGGCAGUGCUUCACUAACCUCUGACCUCCAGCUGGUUACUGUGGUGACACUGGUGGGGAAUGCUAUCCUGCUCCUGGCCAUCAGUGGGUUGUGGCUUGGGCGGAGGCUCAGGAGGAGGCUGCGGAGGAGGAAGUCAGCCGUUCACGUGCGCCACAUGUACUCCACCAGGAGGCCGUUCCGUCCCACAGCAGCAGCAGCUUCUGCCUCCACAGACUUCACCAGCUUCCAGAGCAGCCGAGCGGCUCGGCUUUCUCCUCUGGAGGAAGGAGACCUGAUUGAGUUCCCUUGCGACCGAUUUUUAGACAACUGUGGUGUUCGCAGAGACAGUGAUAUGCAGAGAUUCUCUGACUAAGAAAAAAGUAACUAAAGAUAUGUGAAUCUGACUAAGUUGAAUAUUUUGAAAUCCUAAAAUACCAGUUUACGACUGUAGGUUAGGUUUUGGAUGAAAAAAAAGCUCACAACAUAUUUCACCUGUAGAACAGCUGAGCUCAUGAUGAUCAUUCCAGACUCCAGAGGGAGUCCAAGUUCCUCAGACUUCCCUUUUCCUUAACAAGGCCCUUCCCCCUUUCAUUUGAAACCUGUGAAUGUCUCUGAAUAUGUGAUAUUGUUAUGCGAGUGGAUGUGUGCACACAUUGAAUGUUGUACCACUGAUUUCAGUAAUGGUGCUAAUAACCAAUUCAAAGACAUCAUAUUGUCUCAUUUUUGUACAGAAUGUCACGAAGGCUGCUGGUUGGCAGAAAUGUAUGUACUGGUUGUAUUAUUAUUACUUUUUUAUACCUUUUUUAAAGGCAAUCAUGUCAUUUUAUAUUACUCCCAAACAUAAAAUCACAAUGAAAUCAUCUCUCAAUUGUGCAUAAACUGCUUUCUGGUAGUAAAUGUCCCCAACAAUGUGACUUAAUUGUCAUUGAAGUGUUUGUGGAAGAUUUAGUUAAGUAAGGUAUGCAUUGUGUCUGUUAGUGUUAUAUGUAUUGUUUUAUUUGGUGUAUUUCUCUCAUUUUACACUCAAUGUCAUCAUUAUACAUCAAAGCAUAUUAGAUACAUUUUAAGGUUUUCACAGAUGAAGCGUAAAACAAUAAACCUGCAGCUUUAAAGGAAAUAUGAACUGUCUCUGAGACUCGUAUUGCUAAAUGUGCUAAAUGUAAGGUCUGGCAAUGUUUAGUCUGUGUUUGAGUCAGUAGGGUGUAGUAUCUCCAGCAUUUUAUGCCAGAGAAAAACAAAAAAAAGUGCAAAUCCAAGGAUAUGUGCAAAGAAUAUUUUUUAAUAGCACCUGAACAUUAUGAAGUCAAUUAUUAAGGCUUGUCAUAACUAAUUCCAAUUUUGCUCACUCUUAACUACUGUUUUAAACAUGUAUAUUUAUAUAGUUUAAUAUGAGUUAUGUUAAAAAAUAAACUAAAAAAAAAAAUAACAUUUUAAAAGUCUGUGUGGUGAUAUAUAAAGAAAUAUUUAUGAGGGCAUGUAGGAAAAACCUAAUAAAGCUUUGAUCUGUGUUUAAACGCGAUUUUACACCAGAAUGGUCACUAGGGGGCAGUAUAGACCACAAAGUUUAUUUAGGCCUUAGACAUUCUGUUUAAUUCCCCUCCAAAACAAGCAACCAUUAGGAAAAAUUCCUCUUUUUUCAUUAAUGAAAAAGAACAUAAGACUAUGAAGAUGACAGAAUAAUAUUUUUUUAUUUUAGUAUGAGAUUUACAGCCAUACUCCAUGUCUUUACAGUACAAAAUGUUAAAUUGAAACACAAAUGAUCUGAGUAGGAUUUAAACAUGAAGUGCAGUCUGUAGAUAUUUAGUGACAAUUUCAUCAUAUAAAAAGUGCCUUUCGUGAAACCCUGUUUUCGAUCUUUCUUUCCUUUUAUAUGGCUCUGUAACACAGAUUUCAGGUUGACCGAUUUUAUUUACAAGAAUAU